AUGCUUUCAGAUAAUAAGGAUGAGUGCUGUUCAACUCACCUCAUUGACGGCGAUGGAGCGUUCAAUGUUGUUGGAGUCGAGAACUUUAUGAAGGAAGUUAAACUGGCGGAAUGUGGUCUUUCAUAUGCCGUUGUGUCCAUUAUGGGCCCGCAAAGUAGCGGGAAGAGUACACUGUUAAAUCAUCUUUUUCAUACUAACUUCAGAGAGAUGGAUGCCUACAAGGGAAGGUCACAAACCACAAAAGGUAUUUGGAUGGCUCGAUGUGCUGGGAUUGAGCCUUGCACCCUAGUCAUGGAUUUAGAAGGCACAGAUGGUAGAGAACGAGGAGAGGAUGACACCGCGUUUGAAAAGCAAAGUGCUCUAUUCGCACUUGCUGUUUCUGAUAUAGUGCUUAUCAACAUGUGGUGUCAUGAUAUUGGUCGUGAGCAGGCUGCCAAUAAGCCUCUUUUGAAGACUGUCUUCCAGGUUAUGAUGCGUUUAUUUAGUCCACGUAAAACGACAUUGAUGUUUGUUAUUCGUGACAAAACAAGGACUCCCCUUGAAAAUUUGGAACCUGUUCUAAGGGAAGACAUUCAGAAGAUAUGGGAUUCUGUCCCAAAGCCGCAAGCUCACAAGGAAACACCGUUAAGUGAGUUUUUUAAUGUCGAGGUCGUGGCUCUUUCUAGUUUCGAGGAGAAGGAAGAACAAUUCAAAGAGCAGGUGGCUAGUCUAAGACAGCGGUUCUUUCAUUCUAUUGCACCUGGUGGGCUUGCUGGAGAUAGGCGGGCUGUUGUUCCUGCUUCAGGCUUUUCAUUUAGUUCACAAGAGAUAUGGAGGGUUAUAAAGGAGAACAAGGACCUUGACCUGCCUGCCCAUAAGGUUAUGGUAGCUACGGUGCGCUGUGAAGAGAUUGCCAAUGAAAAAUAUGUUGCUUUCACUGAAAAUGAGGAAUGGCGUCAAUUAGAAGAGGCAGUUAAUUCUCAUUCUGUACGGGGCUUUGGAAGGAAGCUCAGCUCAAUUUUGGACGCUUGUUUAUCAGAGUAUGAUGCCGAGGCUACCUUCUUUGACGAAGGGGUUAGAUCCUCAAAGCGAAAGCAGUUGAAAGAGAAAUUGCUUCAGCUUGUCCAACCAGCCUACCAAUCUAUGCUGGGACACAUUCGAUCUGAUACUUUUGAAAGAUUCAAAGAAGCAUUUGAGAAGGCAUUGAAGGGGGGUAAAGGGUUUGCUCUGUCCGCUCGUGAAUGUACUGAGUCUUUUAUGUCCCAUUUUGACGAAGAAAGCACAGAUGCUAUUAUUGAUCAAGCAAAAUGGGACUCAUCUAGAGUGAGGGAUAAGCUGAGGCGUGAUGUAGAUGCUCAUAUUGCUGAAGUUCGUAGUGCCAAGCUUGCUGAAGUGACAACCCUCUACGAGACAAAACUGAACGAGGCAUUGGCUGGACCAGUUGAGGCCCUUUUAGAUGGAGCGGGUGAUGAUACAUGGCCAGCAAUAAGAAAACUGCUUCAGCGUGAGACUGACACAGCAGUCUCUGGUUUUGCUUCUGCACUCUCUGGUUUUGAAAUGGAUGAAGAAAGUAGGGAUAGUAUGGUUUUGCGGUUGAAAGAUUAUGCACGUGGAGUAGUUGAAGCAAAGACAAAGGAAGAAGCUGGAAGGGUGUUGAGUCGCAUGAAGGACAGGUUUUCAACAUUGUUCAGCCAUGAUCAGGAUUCUAUGCCACGAAUUUGGACUGGCAAGGAAGAUAUUCGAGCAAUUACUAAAACUGCACGAUCAGCUUCUCUGAAGCUCCUAUCAGUUAUGGCUGCAGUUCGCUUGGAAGAUGAGGGUGACAGUAUAGACAAAACACUUAUCCUUGCUCUUGUGGAUUCUUCCUCCGCAAAGAGCGUUUCAUCAGUUGAUCCUCUGGCGUCUAGCACUUGGGAUGAGGUCCCUCCAUCGAAAACUUUGAUUACACCUGUCCAGUGCAAGUCUUUGUGGAGGCAAUUUAAGACGGAGACUGAAUAUGUUGUUUCACAAGCCAUUGCUGCUCAGGAGGCUAGCAAGAGAAAUAAUAACUGGCUACCACCUCCGUGGGCAAUUGCUGCCAUGGUGAUUUUGGGAUUCAAUGAAUUCAUGACACUUUUAAGAAAUCCUUUAUAUUUGGGGUUUAUAUUCGUCGCCUAUCUGCUAUUUAAAGCCCUUUGGGUGCAAUUGGACAUCUCGGGCGAAUUCCGCAAUGGAGUUCUACCUGGACUUCUCUCUUUAUCCACAAAGUUCGUUCCUACAAUCAUGAAUCUUCUUAAACGACUAGCAGAGGAAGGACAAGGUAUGGCAAGUGGUCAACAACCUCAGGGUAACCCUGCCCUUGCUGCAAAGAGCUUCCGUGGUAGCACGAACGAUAAUGGUGACGUGUCAACGAGCACUACAUCUGAAGUAACUUCAGAAAAUGGAACAGAAUACUCUAGCUCCUCGUUACAUGACAAAAGACAGUAAGCUAUUGUUUAUAUAGAAACACACUCUUAUUCUGCGACAGCAAAGCUUUUAUGCUCAUCCGGACGUGGUAUGGUACACAAUUCGGCUUGAUGGACCUUUAGAGGCAAAGCAUGUGAAAGAAUCAGACACUGAAGCAUUGAUUUUUGUACACUGGGGCUUGGGUUGUCACGAAAUUAAAGAAGUCUCCACUGCAUAGGCUGUGUUUUAAUUUUCUCUCGUUCUUUUUGCGUUGAUUUUCAUUUGUUGGUGAACUAAGAAGAGGGCCCUUUCUUUUCUGCUUUCUUUGUUAUCAUUCUCCCGGUUUGCCAUCAAAUUUUUCUUGUGAGAAGCCUAAUAUAAUGUCUGUAUUUUAUUGAUGAGCUGAUGAAAGAUAUCAAAAACUAUUAUAUUUCUAAUGAGAUGGGAUUUUUUUCAAA